AUAAACCUAAUUCUAGCACUUCUAACCAACGUAUUAUUAGCCUCUCUGCUCGUUCUUAUUGCAUUCUGACUGCCACAACUAAAUAUCUAUGCAGAAAAAGUAAGUCCUUAUGAAUGUGGAUUUGAUCCUAUAGGAUCAGCACGCCUUCCUUUCUCUAUAAAAUUUUUUCUAGUAGCUAUUACAUUCCUUUUAUUCGACUUAGAAAUUGCUCUACUCCUCCCGCUUCCUUGAGCAUUACAGACUAACAACUUAAUAACUAUACUUAUUAUAGCUCUAUUACUCAUUUCCCUAUUAGCCGCAAGCCUAGCUUAUGAGUGAACCGAAAAAGGGCUAGAAUGGGCCGAAUA